AUGCCAGCAGUCGUUCAAGUGGUGCGUUCCGUGUAUGAAAUAAUGGCACUAUUACAUCAUCUGAAGGAAAAUACUCCCCCACGUCGUGAUCCGGUGGAACCGCCUCCGCCAAUGAUUGAGUCGUUCUUGUACUCCAUUGUGUCGGACUAUGAGGACCGAGAAUAUUUCAAUUGUAUGAUGAGUGAGUAG